CAGCAACGGAAAGCGAUGUCGUAUGAAGCAGGUGGCAUACUUGCUUCCACAUGGGUGUAAGGGAUCUUGGUAAGAAAGUGUACUGGUGAUUGCUUAGUGGCAUUCGCUGCCUACAAGACGAUCCUAUCCGCGUUUAAAAGGCUAUUGCGUGGGACGAGGAGUGAGCAAGACAACAGGGCACAUUAACAGACUUUGGUUAUAGUUUCUAAGAUCUGAAGUUGGUUUGGCUGGGGUCCUUUGCCCAUCUGUAGCAAAAAGAAAUAAAAAUGGGUCGAAAAUUUGAUGUGACGAAGAAGCAAAAACGAGGUCCUGGGAAAAAGGCUCGGAAACAGAAGGGGGCCGAAACAGAAGUUUCAAAGUUUUUGCUUGAUGAUGAAGAUAAGAAAAGAUUCUCAAGGAGAGCACGGCAGCGGAUAGCGAAAAGGAAGUUGCAUCAUAAGGAGAAAAUGAAGAAACCUCAGAAGGAUAAGGCAACCACAGAACCGUUAACACAGGACAAAGAACUUAAGGGAAAGAAAGUGAAAACCUUCAGUGAUGAAAAUGCAGAGUGGCUUAAACCAUCCAAGCGAAAGCGACCUCUUAUGGAAGACAGUGAAGAUGAAGAGGAGGAAAAUAAGUUGGGGCUUGACAGUGAAGGGGAGGAGGAGGAAGAAGAGGAAGCGAGUUUUGCUAGUGAAGAUGAGGAGGACUCUGAUUUGGAGGAUGAAAAACAAGUAAAAGAGGAACCCUUGUCAGCAGAAGAUACUGACUCUGAUCUUGUAGAUGAUUAUGGAGCUUCUGAAGAUGAAGAGGAAGAAAAGCUCCUACCUAUUGAAAAAGCAGCACAGCGCACAUUGAAGAGAAAAAAGCAGUUAAAGGAAAGCACAGGAAAGGAAGAAGAUGAUAACGCUGAUGAAGAUGAGGGAUUGCAGUUAAACAUGGAUGCAGAUGAGACCUUCGUAUUACCCAGUGGCCAGGAGAUUGCGAAGGAAGGUGUCCAGGCUCCUGAUCUUCAGCUCAUCUACCAGAGGAUCAAGGACAAUGUUGAGGUCUUGCAGGAUUUCAACAAAAAGAGGCAGUCUGACAGGACAAGAGAAGAAUAUCUGGACCUCCUUCGGCGCGAUCUGGCUAACUACUACAGUUGUAAUGACUUCCUCAUAGAGCGACUUAUGGACCUAUUUCCACUUAGUGAGCUCCUAGAUUUUUUGGAAGCAAAUGAAGUGCAGCGUCCUGUAACGAUUCGUACCAACACACUUAAAACACGAAGACGAGAUCUUGCUCAGGCUCUUAUCAACCGAAGUGUGAACCUUGAUCCUCUGGGGAAGUGGUCAAAAGUUGGCUUGAUUGUCUAUGACUCUGCAGUGCCUAUUGGUGCGACCCCGGAGUAUCUUGCAGGGCACUACAUGCUUCAGGGGGCAUCAAGUAUGCUGCCUGUCAUGGCCCUUGCACCACAUGAGAAUGAGAAGAUUCUGGAUAUGUGCUCUGCACCAGGAGGAAAGACUACAUACAUAGCUCAGCUGAUGAAAAACACUGGAACAAUCCUAGCAAAUGACAGCAAUCCUGAGCGUCUGAAGAGUGUUAUUGGAAAUUUGCACAGACUGGGGGUAACCAACACUGUAGUCUGUAACUACGAUGGUCGGCAGUUCCCAAAGGUCAUAGGAGGCUUUGAUAGAGUCCUACUGGAUGCUCCAUGUAGUGGAACUGGAGUUAUUUCCAAGGAUCCUGCUGUCAAAACUAACAAGGAUGAAAAGGACAUUUUGCGUUGUGCCCACCUUCAGAAGGAGCUUCUUUUGGCGGCUAUAGACUCUGUGAACGCAGCUUCUGAGACUGGAGGCUACCUUGUCUUUUGCACAUGCUCUAUAAUGGUAGAAGAAAAUGAAUGGGUUGUAGAUUAUGCCCUGAAGAAAAGAAAUGUAAAAUUGGUACCAACAGGACUGGACUUUGGAAAGGAAGGUUUUACUAGGUUCAAAGAGAGGAGAUUUCACCCCUCCCUUCGACUAGCCCGACGCUUUUACCCUCACACCCACAACAUGGAUGGUUUCUUUAUAGCUAAACUGAAAAAGUUCUCCAACACAGUUCCUCAGACACUCAGUGAGCCAGGAGACUCAGAGUUACCAGCAGCCCCUUCUGAGACUGCAAAGGCUGCAGUAAAGGAAGGCCAAGCUGACAAAAUGCCUGAAGUUUCAAAGGUUAGCAGUCCUGUUGUCCACAAACUAACACCUAGUUCAGUGAAACAGAAGAAAAAACUGAAACAAAAAAUUAAGUUGGAGAAAAAGUCGACACCUGGAGCUUUCCCACGGAAAACCAAACCAGAACACAAGAAACUCAAAGAAGGCAAAAGAAGAAAAUUCAAAAAGAUGAAAACAAAAUGAACACACAGCCUACACUUGACUGAUGCAUGUUUAUCUUUUAAGCAGCAUCUUUUUUUAAUUCAUUUGCAAGAAGGUCAUCUGGUUUUGUUUAAAAUAAAUGCCAGAGUUUUUUUUACAUUAAGAUCCGAGCCUUCUGUCUUCUGGGUAUUUUACUGUAUGCUCAGUUGAGGUAUGACUGCUCUUGUAUCAAGGAUGAAGAAGUAAAGGUUAUCACCUUACCUUUGGAAAUUGACAGUUCUUCUUUCUUAAGGCCAACAGCUACCUUUUGUAAUUUUUUGACUGAGAGGUUUUAUCUGGACCUUACAAAGGAGAGGAAUUUGGCUUACAUUGUUACUCAUCUCUGAAUGUGUUGGGAUCAUGUGAAAGGAUUUCAAAGCUGUGUGUGUCAUACAACUAGGACAUUUGUUACGUAACAGAGUGGUUGAAGAUCAGUAAGAGAAGUCAUAAUAAAACUCCUCUCGCAUUUGAA